AUGCCCGGCCCAACCUCCGCAUCCGCCCUCCUCGCCCUCCUCGACGAACCCGAACAAGACCUCCAAGCCCAUGCCCUAACCCGCCUCAACGACCUCGUUGAUAUCUUCUGGGCCGAAAUCGCUGAUUCGGUCUCGAAGAUUGAGGUUCUGUAUGAAGAUGAACGGUUUGGACAGAGAGAAUUGGCGGCGUUGGUGGCGAGUAAGGUUUAUUUCCAUUUGGGGGAGUAUGAGGAGAGUAUGGCUUUUGCGCUUGGUGCGAAGGAGUGGUUUGAUUUGGAGAGUGGGAGUGAGUAUGUUGAGACUAUUAUCUCUAAAUGCAUUGACACCUAUAUCGACUUGUCCGUCAAGAGAGACGAUGAUCCAGCAAGUAUCGGAACCGCAAAGAUCGACCCCAGAUUGCAGGAUGUCGUGGAGCGUAUGUUCCGCCGCUGUCUCGACUCGGGAGAGUACAAACAAGGUCUCGGCAUCGCCCUCGAAUCUCGCCGACUAGACGCAAUCGAGCACUUCAUUACCGCCACAUCAACCACGGAAGAUCUGAAAGCGUAUGUUUUGAGCGCGUCGAUGACCCUCGUCCAGAGUGUGACAUUCAGGAAUAAGGUGUUGAAAUUGUUGGUGGAUUUGUAUUUGAAGGAGGGAAAGGGCGCCGAGCCGGAUUAUUUCAAUGUUGGGAAGUGCGUGGUGUAUUUGAACGACAACAAGAUCGCGUUUGAGGUUUUGAGAGAGUUGGUCGCGAAGGGUGAUGAGAAGCAUCUCUUGACUGCGUAUCAGAUUGCUUUCGAUUUCGAUGCGUCCGCUACCCAAGAUUUCUUGCAGAAGGUCUCUGCGGCGCUUCCGACGGACGAUGAGAAGAACAAGGAAGUCUACGAUCGUAUUCGGAAGAUUUUGUUGGGCGAGGAGAGUAUUCCGCUUUUCCUCGAGUUCUUGUACCGCAACAACAAGACCGAUAUCCAGAUUCUCAACAAGACCAAGGAUACACUGGAAGCCCGCAACUCAAUUUUCCACUCUGCGGUUACGUUUGCGAAUGCAUUCAUGCAUUCUGGUACCACCGCUGACGGAUUCUUCCGCUCUAACCUCGAUUGGUUGGCCAAGGCCACGAACUGGUCCAAGUUCUCUGCGACGGCGGCACUUGGAGUCAUUCACAAGGGUCACUUGAGUCAGGCGAUGACUUUGUUGCAGCCCUACUUGCCUCAGGACGGAGUUUCCACGUCUCCCUACUCUGAGGGUGGAUCCUUGUUUGCGCUCGGUUUGAUUCAUGCAAACCACGGUGCUGGUGUUUUGGAUUACCUUCGUACGCAGUUCAAGGCUACGCAGGAUGAGACCAUCCAGCACGGUGCCGCCCUCGGUCUCGGUGUCGCUGGUAUGGCGACCGGCAAUGAAGAUAUCUAUGAGGAGUUGAAGAAUGUGUUGUUCGGUGACUCGGCGGUCGCUGGUGAGGCGACUGGGUUGGCUAUGGGAUUGGUCAUGCUGGGAACGGGACACGAGAGAGCGUUGGAGGAGAUGUUGCAAUAUGCCCACGAGACGCAGCACGAGAAGAUCAUUCGUGGGUUGGCGGUGGGUAUGGCUUUGUUGCAGUACGCGCGUGAGGAGAGUGCGGAUGGGUUGAUUGCGCAGUUGACCGGAGACGCUUCGCCGAUUUUGAGGUAUGGUGGUAUCUGGACGAUUGCGUUGGCUUACGCUGGAACGGGGAACAACAAGGCGAUCCGGCAGUUGUUGCAUUUCGCGGUGAGUGAUGUGAAUGACGACGUCAGGCGUGUUGCUGUCAUGGCGCUUGGAUUUAUUCUGUUCCGGAAUCCGGGUGCGGUGCCACGUUUGGUGGAGUUGUUGAGUGAGUCGUAUAACCCGCAUGUCCGAUACGGCGCUUCCCUCGCUCUUGGUAUCUCUUGUGCUGGAACUGGGAUGCCUGAGGCGAUCAAGUUGUUGGAGCCGAUGAUUAAGGACCCUACGGAUUUCGUGAGGCAGGGUGCGCUUAUUUCUAUGGCGAUGAUUUUGAUGCAGCAUAAUGAUCAGACGAAUCCGAAGGUUACGGAGGUUCGGGCACAGUUUGCUAAGACGAUUGGGGAGAGGCAUGAGGAUGCCAUGGCCAAGUUCGGUGCGGCGUUGGCGCAGGGUAUCAUUGACGCCGGAGGCCGGAACGUCACGAUUGGGUUGCAGAGCCCGAGUGGUAGCUUGAACUUGCAAGGUAUUGUCGGUAUGGCCCUCUUCACUCAGUUCUGGUACUGGUUCCCUACUGCCCACUUCUUGUCGCUUGCGUUCACUCCUACGGCUGUCAUUGGCUUGAACAAGGACCUCAAGGUCCCCAAGUUCGAGUUCGUGUCGAAUGCUAAGCCUAGUACCUUUGCUUACCCUCCUGAGGAGAAGGCUAAGGAGGAAAAGAAGGACGAGAAGAUGGCUACGGUUGAGUUGAGUACCACCGCCAAGACAAAGGCUAGGGCUAGGGCGAAGAAGGAGAAGGAGGGUGAUAGUAUGGAGUUGGAUGAGCAGGAUGUCAAAGUUGAGGAGGACAAGAUGGAGACCGACGAGACUGAGAAGAAGGACGAUAAGAAGGAGAAGAAGGAGAAGGAGCCUUCAUCUGAGGCUAAGGAGAACAUGACCCGUGUUGUGCCAGCUCAGUUGAAGUAUGUUACUUUUCUGGAGAGUGCACGGUAUGUUCCUGUUAAGCAGGACUUGACGGGCGGUGUAGUGAUGAUGUUGAAUAAGAAGCCUGAGGAGCCGGAGGAGUUGGUCGAGAUGAAGGCGAGGACUGAGGCGGCUAGUGCGCCUGCUGAUCAGGCCGAGGAGGAAGAGGCGCCUAUGCCUGAAGCGUUUGAGUAUCCUUUCCCGGCGGAUGAUUAG